AUGCACGCAGAGAUAUGCACGCUUCAAAGCCUCUCGCACUGUCUCAACUCUGCUCCUCUAGGAUCUGGGACAUCGCCUCGAGAUAUCUCGGUUGCUGCUCGUGAGCUGGAUUACCGGAUACAAAAGAUUUUGAGCUGGCCAGCAGAGUACAGAACUUUGAGGGCGCGCAAGCGCGAUUGGGCUAGCAUCACCUCUUACCAUCCAGACUACAUUCGCUUCUACAAUGGCAUGUGGUUGUUGGCCAACGAUCUCAUCUUCGGGGUCUACAUUGCAUCGAUCUGCUUGAACAAUCAAGACUACAUUGCAGAGUAUGUCUACACACUAGUAGACUCUUAUUCAAUUGAGACCAGCGGAAGGAUGAUGUACUGGCUCAAGAGCUGGCCUGCCGGUCUCAAGCUCAACAAUGAGCUAGCCAGCUUUUUCGGAGACUUGUUUCUAUGGCUGAUUGGAUCGUGGCAUCAAAUUCUCAAAGCAAUUCGGCCGUUUCUACCUUUAGCAGUCCAAUUCAUUGGCAUGAGUGGAUUUUUGGGUGCAUCCAUCAGCGUGAGUCUUAUCUCUGAUGCAUUCGGCCUCUUGACACUUCACCUCUACGUCUUUUACCUGACGGCGGCACGCAUCUAUGACCUGCAAGUCACAGUUUUACUGUCGCUCUUUCAUCUCUUUCGCGGCAAGAAGCGGAAUGUACUGCGACAUCGUAUCGAUUCUUGUGAUUAUGAUCUGGACCAGCUGCUGCUUGGUACAAUCAUGUUUACGCUGCUUGCCUUUUUAUUUCCAACGGUGCUGGUCUACUAUCUCACGUUUGCAGCGUCGCGCAUUGCCAUCAGGAUUGGCAAGACAGGACUCGACAUGGUGUUGGCUUUUCUCGUGCAAUUCCCUUUGUUUGCGUGCCUAUUACGUAUCAAGGAUGCUCGCAGACUGCCAGGUGGUAUCCAUGUCACACUGCUAGGCCAGCAGAGCGAUGCACAAGUCUCACAUCUGCUCAUUGAGUCCAAGCCACUGCCGUUCGACUUGAUCUUUCAGCCUCUUGUCACUCGGCAAUCGCGCAUCAUGGGUUCGACACUUCAGCUCAAGAAUCUGCUUGUUGCGACGAUGAAGGGCAAGCUGUAG